CUGCCUGACUCUCCUUCACUCAGCAGUGUCUCUCCUCUCACACCACCUCAGUGCUACAGGCUCCCUCUUUGACCAUGUCUCUCAAAACCUUGAAGACCACCUACUCCACUGUAUCGUCCUCCAGGGACCCAACCCAGGGCUUCAGCAGCCGCUCCUUCUCCGGCUAUGGAGGCCGUGGCGCAGGUGGUGCCAGGCAGAGCUACGCUGUCCGCAGCUCCUAUGGGGGAGUGGGCAGCAGUGGUGCUGCUGUGGGUGCUGGGGGUUUUAAGGUGGUCGGUGGGUAUGUUGCUGGGGGAUCUGGACAAAGAGGAGGUGGAGUAGAAUUUGGCUAUUUGGGCUUCGGUGGAGGUGUGGGAGGGGGCAUGGCCCCCAUCACAGCUGUGACUGUGAACAAGAGCUUGCUGGCCCCCCUGAACCUGGAGAUUGACCCCACCAUCCAGGCGAUCCGCACCCAGGAGAAGGAGCAGAUCAAGACCUUGAACAACCGCUUUGCUUCCUUUAUUGACAAGGUACGCUUCCUGGAACAGCAGAACAAAAUGCUUGAGACCAAGUGGAAACUCCUGCAGGAACAGACCACAUCUCGCUCCAACAUCGAUGCGAUGUUCGAAGCCUACAUUGCCAACCUGCGUAAGCAGCUAGACAACUUGGGUCAUGAAAAAGUCAAACUGGAAUCUGACCUGCAUCACAUGACCGGCCUGGUUGAGGACUUCAAAACCAAGUAUGAAGAUGAGAUCAACAAGCGCAAUGAGUGUGAAAACAACUUUGUCCUCAUAAAGAAGGACACAGAUGCAGCUUACAUGAUGAAAGUGGAGCUUGAAGCCAAACUGGAUGGGCUCUCUGAUGAAAUUGAGUUCUUGAGGCAGAUCUACGAUGCAGAAAUCUGUGAGCUCCAGGGUCAGAUCAAGGACACAUCUGUUGUGGUGGAGAUGGACAACAGCCGUAACCUUGACAUGGACGCCAUUGUCGCUGAAGUGCGUGCCCAGUAUGAAGACAUCGCCAACCGUAGCAGAGCAGAGGCUGAGUCGUGGUACCAGACUAAGUAUGCAGAGAUGCAGCAGUCCGCAGGCAGAUACGGUGACGACCUGAAGUCAACCAAGGCUGAGAUUGCUGACAUGAACCGCAGGAUAAUGAGGCUCCAGUCUGAAAUUGACAUAGUUAAAGCACAGCGAAACAGUUUGGAAACUCAGAUCGCGGAGGCUGAGGAGCGUGGUGAGCUGGCAGUGAAGGAUGCUAAGCUCCGCAUCAGAGACCUGGAGGAAGCUCUACAGAGAGCCAAGCAGGACAUGGCCCUGCAAGUCCGCCAAUACCAGGAACUGAUGAACGUGAAGCUGGCCCUGGACAUUGAGAUCGCCACCUACAGGAAACUGCUGGAGGGAGAGGAGGACAGGUUAGCAACUGGAAUCAAGACCACUGUAUCUAAGCAGAUUUCUGUGAACUACAAUGCCUACGGCCUAGAGAGCUCCCGCACCCCGUCCUACGUCAGCUGCUCCUUUGGCGGAGUCAAAGCCAGCAGUGGCUCAGUCGCUGCCCUCGAGGGAGCAGCAGUGAAGAGCACCACAGUCACAAAGACGGAAACCGUGGUGAUCAAGACCGAGGAGAAGAAGGAGGAGGAGGAGGAGAAGAAGGAGGAGGAGGAGGAGAAGAAGGAGGAGGAGCAGGUAGCAAUCGAGGAGCCGGCUGCUGUGGAGAAGAAGGCGCUGGAGCAGGUGGAAGCUGAAGCCGUGGCUGAGGAAUGAUGUGUUCAGAUUCAUGAUUUGUGGUCUUGGAUGUUUAGAAAAAAACACAUCUACUCUGCUUUAUCAUUGUUCAUUCACCAAAAUGCCUUCACCAAAUAAUAGGUGUGUUUCUAAUGGAAGAGGUGCAAACACAGUUUUCCGUCAGAUAGUCUUAGGUGCCAAUGCCCAGGUGCAAAUGGAUGAGUCUUCGUUCAGGUCUCUGAAAACUUCACUAAGUUAAUUAGUUCUUUACUGUCAACUGUAGUCUGAGCCACUGCCAGUGGUUUAGUGAUCACUGCACCCCACUCUUUAGCCAGCAGGUGGCACUAUUGUAUGCGUUUCCUUCUGCUUUUCCAUCUUGUCCUUUGGUAAAGGCAAAGCACUGUGAAACUGAAAAUUUGAUAACUUUUAAUAGGAGUAAUUUGGGGAAAAAUAAACCAGCACCAUGCUAAAGUCCUUGUCCUAAACCUGCUGUACUUAAACAGUAAAAUGUAAAUGACUCACAAGAGCCUUCAUGACUUCUACUUAGAAAAACCUUUUUUAUGGUGUGCUGCUGUUGGUAACACCUGGAGUUGUGUUUGCUCGACAA